UCACAUGACUGCCACUACUUGUGACUGACCCGCAUUCCUCAAUUGGCACCAACCCUGUCAGAUCGGCUGCGUUUGGCUGCGAAUAGAACAUAAACAGUGGAUGAAAACACUAUCCAUCGCUGCCGUGCUCUGAGACGUAAUCCAUAUUUCCGGUAACUGUACCAAACAUCUGGUAGUCUGCGGUGCGUCGAAGGAUUUGAAACAUCUAACUCGGACUCGAAGCUAAAGUCUUGCAUCCUCAGUCUGUGGGGUAUAGGACGUACAUGGAUACGGGAUAACUGACUUUUUCUGGGCUUAGUGUCGGUGAUGGCUGAGCGGGUGCCGCCAGACUCCAGAAGGUGUAAUUAUUUCUUUCUCUAUGACGGAUCCAAAGUCAAAGGCGAGGGUGAUGCUACAAGAGAGGGAAUCUGCUACUUCUACCCUGAAGAGACCCCUUUAGAUAAGCAGGAGCUGCUCUGUGGUCAGCUGGCUGGCGCAGGCCGCUGUGUCUCUGAGCUUUCCGCCUCUCCUGUGCGCAUACUGAGGCUGCGCCGCAACAAGUUCGCAAUCCGUAUGAAAGAUGACUUCUUUUGGGCUCUGGGCUGCUCAGUGGAAGUCCCCACCAUCAGUGCCUGUGAACUCCUGGAUCAGCUGAUCAACCUCUUCUGUUUCUACAACGGCUCUGUCCGACAGAGCUACCAGCUUUACAGUCAGGAGACUCUGGCUGCUCGAUGGGCUCAGUACCUCUCACACCUGCAGUCAGGAUCCUCGGAGCUCCAGCACAUUUUCAGCUGCUUGAGAUCCAUGGACUUGACUAAUGUUGACCCGCUUCUCCUGCUCAAAGCUGCCCUCAUUCUCCAGGCCUGUCAGCGCUGCCCUCUAGUGUUAGCCGGCUGCGUUCUCUUCAGAGGAAGAGUUGUAAGCACACAGAUGUCUCCAGAGCUCACAAUGAAGGUGAUGGUUCAUGAGAGUGAAACGUACACAAAGGCCCCGAGUACCUUCAGCUCGUUUGGCGGUGCUGUCAGCUCCACUACUGUGUUCCUGACCAUGUCUGAACUUCAGUGCCUGCAAUCUGCCCCCGUCGACAAAAGUUUCAGUUCCCAUCGUACUCCACACAAAAACACCCCCAAAAAGAAGACCCGCCUGUCAAGAACGUUAUCUGACAUUUCCUCCACUGAGUCAGAGCCGUCUGAUACAGGUUCCUCCCAGUCUCCCCUGAAGGGGUCCUUUAGCCCUCACUUGUCAACAGCGUUUAGCCCAGAUCUACUCAACCCCCAACCACAGCCGCUCCAGCCUUCUUUCCCAAAUGGAAAACACUCGCCUGAAGCUGAAGCGGAAGCUCUGGAUGAGUCGAAUUAUUACAGUUUUCACAGCAACAAAGGUGGAGUCAGCCAGUUGGAUAACGAAGGCGACAGCUCACUGUUUCAAGAAAACUCUUAUCUAAACGGAGGUGGAGGCGGAGGGGAUGGAGAUGCAGCUUGUGGGGCAGUGUUUGACUUCAGAGGGGCUGAGGAUACAGUCUUUACAAAAGAGGCCAGCAGAGGUGGCUGUGAGAGUGUUCAGGGCCGCCAGGCAGAGAUACCAGAUCCUCCCCCUGGCUCUGGUGCUUCUGACAGCCCAGAGGAGUGUCCACUGGUUCCCAUGACGCUGUACCUGCACCGCGUCAAGGGCUUGGUGCUGGCUCUGCUGGUGGAGCCGCACUUCUUGAAUGAUACAGCAUCUAUGGAGGAAGUGUAUCACAGCAGCCUGGCGUCACUUAACGGACUGGAGGCCCAUCUGAGGACCAUCUGUCCAGGGGCCCCGGAUGCUCCAGGGCCCUACAUCUUUGCCCAUUUUGACUGCAUUCAGAGCACGCUGACAACCAACCUGUCUGGUCGACCAGGGGGAGCCCCAGAGCGUCCUUUUGUGAGAGCCACAUCACUUCUUCACUCGCAUUUCUGUAACACUGAAACUCUGCAGGAGGCUAUUAUCAGGAGUGCUGGAGCUGCAGUGUAUGGAAGCCGCAGCGUGGCCCAGGAAACUUACUUCCAGCAGCACGGGGGAUCCCUGAGGAACUCUGGCAUUCCCAACCACCAGGACAGUGCUUUCUUGUUGCCCAGCAAGGCCCGACACAGACUACUUAAGCAUGGGGUUAAUCUGCUCUGACGGGACAGCAUCGUGUUCAAGCUCUGUUCUGUUUAGAUAUGAAAAGCUGCCCUGUGAGUAACCUAAAAACAUAUUGAGAAUAUGAUUUAAA